GCGGCGUGGCGCGGGGUGCGGAAGGGCGGGCGGAGGCCGCGGUUUCGGUUCCCGUUCCCGGGCCGGGGGCGCUGCGACGGCUGAGCCGCGGGCCUGCGCUCCCUGCUCCGGCCUCCGCCCCUCUGCCGCUCCGCCAUGGCGGGCAACACCGGCAACCUGCAGAAAGCAAUAGACCUCGCUAGCAGGGCAGCACAAGAAGAUAAAGCAGGAAACUAUGAGGAAGCCUUCCGCUUGUACCAACAUGCUGUGCAGUAUUUUCUCCACGUUGUAAAAUAUGAAGCACAGGGUGAUAAAGCAAAACAAAGCAUUAGAAUGAAAUGUACAGAAUACUUGGACAGAGCAGAAAAGCUGAAAGAAUAUCUGAAAAAGAGAGAAAAAACUGCACCAAAACCAGUUAAAGAGUCUGGUCCUACUGAUGCAAAAGGGAAUGACAGUGAUGGGGAAGGGGAAUCAGAGGAUCCUGAAAAAAAGAAGCUACAGAAUCAACUUCAAGGAGCAAUUGUUAUGGAGCGACCAAAUGUCAAAUGGAGUGAUGUUGCUGGCCUCGAAGGUGCCAAAGAAGCACUUAAAGAAGCAGUCAUCUUGCCCAUUAAAUUUCCACACCUGUUUACAGGCAAAAGAACACCCUGGAGAGGGAUUCUCUUAUUUGGACCACCAGGAACAGGAAAGUCUUAUUUAGCAAAAGCUGUGGCGACAGAAGCAAACAACUCUACCUUCUUCUCAGUAUCUUCCUCUGACCUAGUCUCAAAGUGGUUAGGUGAAAGUGAAAAAUUAGUGAAAAACUUGUUCCAGCUCGCCAGAGAAAACAAACCUUCUAUUAUCUUCAUUGAUGAGAUAGAUUCCCUCUGCGGGUCAAGAAGUGAAAAUGAAAGUGAGGCUGCUAGACGGAUAAAAACAGAAUUUCUAGUCCAGAUGCAAGGGGUUGGUGUUGACAAUGAAGGAAUCUUGGUCUUAGGAGCGACAAACAUACCCUGGGUUUUGGAUUCUGCUAUCAGGAGAAGGUUUGAGAAGCGUAUUUAUAUUCCUUUACCUGAAGACCAUGCCAGGGCUGCAAUGUUCAAACUCCACCUCGGGUCAACUCCAAAUCUCCUAACAGAAUCAGAUUAUCGAGAGCUUGGAAAGAAAACUGAAGGCUAUUCUGGUGCAGAUAUAAGCAUCAUUGUACGUGAUGCACUCAUGCAGCCUGUUAGAAAAGUGCAAUCAGCAUCUCACUUUAAAAAAGUAAAGGGACCAUCAGUGUCUAAUCCAAACACGGUGGUAGAUUUGUACACCCCUUGCUCUCCAGGUGAUCCUGAAGCCACAGAAAUGUCAUGGAUGGAGGUCCCAGGUGAUAAAUUACUAGAGCCUCAAGUGUCCAUGGCUGAUAUGCUCAGGUCGCUAGCUAGCACAAAACCAACAGUUAAUGAAUUGGACCUGGAGAAGUUAAAGAAGUUUACAGAAGAUUUUGGUCAGGAAGGCUAAACCAAAGAUACAUGUGGAGCAUUAGAACUUUUUUUCUUUUAAAAGUAUUCUUGUGUCUUUAUUGAUGGCACUUCAAAUAAAUGCCAAUAAAAUCACUCCUUUCUUACUUUGCAGAAGGAAUAGAAGAUACCUUUGCAAAGACCCUUAAGCUUUUGUAUUGUACUGUUUUCCUCAGAUGUCUAUUAAAUGUCUUCUAUUGAAAAAUAAUACAGAAAUACAAUUUUAGGGUGAGACAGCAAAGUGGUGUGGUAAAGUCUAAUAAAUACUAGAAAGCUUUAAAUUAAUAGUUCCAUUUUAGGUAGUAUAUUAGAUCUGGAUACAAGUGAGUUUUAAACUCCCAGUAGGCUCAAAAAACCCUUUUUUGAGGGGUGGAAGAGAACAUAUUUGUCAGGUGUUUUCGGUAUUAGUCAAUCAGCAUACAUACUAAUUGCUCUCAUUUCAUUUAGGAAAAUGCAACAAAAUUUGCUAAUCAAGCAUACUGCAAAUGUGGGUUGGUAUGAAAGUAGGAAGGAAAACACUUUGAGGAUAAGACUGCGUGGGCCAAUAUUUUGCUUAAAUACUGAUGGACCUGGUAUUUGGCUUUUUCUGCUAUGCUGUGUUAAAAUUUUGCCUUAAACAGCAAGCUUUUGUUUUUAACUCUUUACUGGCUGUUACACACUGUCACUAUGCAAUUUAACAGACGUUUGUUAAAUGCAAGUAACUCAGAAGGUGUUUUGCUGGCCAUUCUUGGGGGGGAUUGUUUGGAAUUGGUUUAUUUUCUGGUUUGGUUCUUUUAAAUCUGGAUAAACUUUCUGCAGCAGUUUCACUAAAAUUAGAAAAAAGCAUUAGUAAUACCCUGUAAGAUCCCAUGUCUUGAGGCUGGCAAGGUGUAUGUAGUCUUUGGAGAAUGUAUGGGAGGUAUUUUAGGAAAUAGCAUACUUUCACAUGUGAGGAGGUUAUAACAGAUGUUUUAGCCACAGGCUUUCUGGUGAUAAAUUAACCCAGAACCCCACUGGUAACUGUAGCAUAUAGGUUACAUCAAUUUAGUGCUUAAACUUCAAGAGAAGGCUGGCAGUUUAGUACAGAAGUAGCACUUCCAUUGCUCUUUUUCUGAAGAACUGCAAAUGGAGAUGUGCCUGAAUGUAACUUACAACACUACAGCAUCAGCAUUGAGUUUGUGCCUUGUAAGUUUGCACUGGCUGUAGAUAUGAAACAUCAUUAGGAUUAUGUAGAAUACUCUAUCUUCCAUUAUCAUUGUACAGCUCUAUCCUGCAAAUGCUUUGUUUAACUUGCAUUAAAAGAAAUUUGCACAUUUUAGGUGUGUAUGUUCUAUAUACAUAUACACAUAUUUGAUAAUCUUUCAAAGAGAUUUGGUUUCUUUUCUGUACAUAUUUUGUGUACGUUAUAAAUCAUAGGAUGGGUGACAUUUUCUGUACUUAAAUGAAGUAAAAUGUUAAAGUACAACAUCAGCUAUGUUCUUUGAGUAUUUCUUCAAUGUUAUGUUCAAGUUUUUCCUGCUUUAUUAUUUUUUAGACUUGUUUCUGUGUUUAAUAGCUAAACAAAAUAUUUAGUUAAAAAUUCUUUGAUCUGCAAGGUGCUGAGCUUUUGUUUACUAACAUGAUGAAAAAUUCUUUCCAAAAUCCUUCAGUUACAGCUUUACCUUUGUCUAACAUCAGAAUAUGUAAAUGUGAAUCAGUGGGCUGCAAAUCUUUCUGUUGACCUUUGUGGGUACAGCGGGAGAGGGAGUGGGUGAGGGCAGGAAUUCCAGUGGAGGGAGGUGCAGGUAGCUGUGAUUAGUAUACUUAAUCCUCGUUGCAACAAGAUCACUUUUUUGUAGUUUUCUCUUGUGAACACUUUAGAAGUGAGCCACAUACUGUCAGGUCUGUCACUCAGAGGUUUGAAACUACUAUCUGAAGUACUCGUCUCUUGACCUUUUUUUAAAAUGAGAGUCUUUACUGCAAUCUUAAAAUUCUCAGGAACAUUCUCUUGUGUUUUUUUUUUUUCCUUUUUGUUGUAAUCUGAUUUGUCCUAUUGGUUUCUAGAAGCUUAACUGUAUAAUCUCUUAUCUUUAAUGUAAAAGAAGAGUAUACUGUAUGUUUUAAAUUUACAUCUUGCUGCUUGCUCAUUUGUGGGACGACAUCUGUAACAGAACCUUUAAUGUUUGAUGUUGAAAGUUGUUUUUAGAAAUAUAUUCCAAAUAAACUUUGCUGCUUGGAGUUGCAGCUAGAAGGACAAUUUUUGAUUUGUCGUCUUUGUAAAAUGACAAUAAUAUAUAUCACAGAGCCUCUUAGCUAAGUAAUCCCAUAAUAAUUAUAGCCAAAUUGGGAGGGGGAGGACAUGCAAAAUCACUUUUUAGUUUUCACUGUUAAUUGAAAAUU